GAGCUUUUUUUUUUUUUUUUUUACCACAACCAGCGAGGAAGGAAAAGAGACAGAAAACAGAAAAAGUGACAAAACCAGACGGUUUGUAAAAUGUCUAAAGUCCAAAGGCUGACAGCUUUGGUGGAGGAGCGGCUGACUGCGGUUGUUGAAGACAUAUAUGUGCUGUUUGAAAGAAUCAUAGCCGAGUAUGAGGAGGAACUGUGUCGCUCCAAACAGGAGAACGAGAGGAACCAACGGCUCCUGGAAUCGACUCUGAGUCCUCAGAGCCCGAGAGUCGUGCUGACCAGAGCCGGUGUCCACAUGUCCUCUCUGAGUCCUGGUCUCAGUCAGAAACAGGAAAUCCCAGAGACUCCACAGAUUAAAGAGGAGCCAGAAGAACAGCACGUCAAACAGGAGGAAGAGGAGCUGCAAGUGUCUGUCCCUGAUGGCUGUGUGAAGACAGAAGAGUCCUCACUGCUUCAAAAAAAAGAAACUGAUCACAGAGAGGACAUCAGCUCACAGACACAUGUCCACAGAGAGGACACACAGGGAAAGGACAUCGGCUCACAGACACAUGUCCACCUCAAGACUGAGGAAGACACAGAGCACUCUUCUGACACUAACAGUGAUGAAGACUGGAGUGCUCCAAUCGGCUCGUCAGCUGCAGAGAUGGAGACAGAUGCAGAUGGAGACCACUACAGCCAAGUCCAGAUCAGAGCCAAAAGCACCACUGCACCAAACUCAAGUCUAUCCCCCAAAUACAAGUCUGCACCAGAGACCAGAGCCACUGUGGACAAUGGGGACGUGUCAGGAACAGCCGAAGGAACUGUAGAGAAGAAACACCAGUGCUCUGUUUGUAAAAAGAGAUUUGGCUUAAAAAUCGGUUUAAUAACACACUUUAGAAUUCACACAGGAGAGAAACCUUACAGCUGUUCUGUCUGUGAGAAAGCAUUUAAUCAAAAGAGUCAUUUCACAAAACACAUGAGAAUACACACAGGAGACAAGCCUUACAGGUGUUCUCUCUGUGAGAAAGCAUUUACUCAAAAGUAUAAUCUCACAUACCACAUAAGAACACACACAGGAGAAAAACCUUACAGGUGUUCUCUCUGUGAGAAAGCAUUUAUUGAAAAGUAUGGUCUCACACUACACAUGAGAACACACACAGGAGAAAAACCUUACAGGUGUUCUUUCUGUGAGAAAGCUUUUACUGCUAAAGCUUAUCUCAUAAAACAUGAGAUGAAACACACAGGUGACAAACCAUACAGGUAAUUUCUCUGUGAGAAAGCAUUUAUUCAAUAGAGUAAUUUUAUUCACCACAUAAAAACACACACAGGAGACAAACCUUACAGCUGUUCUGUCUGUGAGAAAGCAUUUAUUCAAAAGAGUAAUCUUACUUACCACAUGAGAACACACACAGGAGACAAACCUUACAGCUGUUCUGCCCAGAGCAUUGAUCUGAAAAUACAUACAAAAAGUUGCACAGGAGAGAAAUAGUUUAAAAUAAAGUCUAACAAGCCUCAAACAGAGCAGUGCCUACAGUUAGCAUCACACCACCAGGGAAUGUUGAUGACAUCAGCUGCACAGUAUCAUUUGAUCUUAGUUGAGUCGAUGUUUAAACCUGUAUCUGUAUUUAUUAGUCAAGUAACUGUUUGUUUACUUGAGUAUCAUUUUUCAGUUCUAUUUCUACCAAUGUAGGGCUGAAGGAUUUAGGGAUUUUUUAUGUUUUAAUAAUAUAAAUCUGUUCAAAAUUCAUAUUUUAAUCAGAGGAAUUGCCAAAAAGACUGAAAUCUGAACUGACAAACUAAUGCAUGGGAAUAUGAAAGAAAGUUAAAAUCACGUUCUAUUGUGUAAAUAAAGAGUGUUUUUAUUAUU